AUGCAGCUCAAGGCCGCCUUAGGCAAGAUUGAGCUGCAUGCCCAGGCCAGCAAUCUGCAUGCGAUGGCGAAGACCGAUAUCAAGAUCGAAAGCGUGGAAGGCCGCGUAGAAAUCAGCGCUCCACAAGAGCUUGUACUCAACUGUGGUGGCGCCUAUAUCCGCCUGAAGAAUGGCGAAAUUGAGCUGGGUGCGCCCGGCAAUAUUUACCUCAAGGCUGCCCAUGUCGACAAGCUUGGAAGCGCCAGCCUUGAUACGCCGGUAUCACCGCUACCAGCGGGAUAUUCCGGUAGCUACGCCCUGAAGGAUGAAGCCCGGGUGCCCCUGCCGUUCACUCGUUAUCGGAUUACCACCCGGCAAGGAGAGGUGUUCAAGGGGGUGACCGAUAAGGCAGGCAAGGCCAUGCCGAUCCAUACACUGGUCCCGGGAGAGUUGAAAGUUGAGUUUCCGGCAUCGGAGAAAUGGAUCAGCUUUUUGCGCGCCGGU